AUGACGCUCAUGGACCAGACGCAGGGGAGUGAGAUGGAGCGGCUGUGGGGUCUGCUGUCGGAAUUGUCGGCGCAGCUGUCGCAGAACAGGCAGCAGACGGAGGAGUUGCAUCGCAGGGCGGAGGAGUUGAAGACACAAGCUGUACACACCCAGACGGGCUACACCUUGCGACGCUUCAACCUCGACCUCAGCCAGGAGGAGUUUGACUCGGAGCUCGAGAAGCUCAACGUGCAGCUCGUGAUGGAGAAUCAGGCGCUUCAGCAGGAGAACCGGCAGUUGUCGAGUCUCUUGAAGGACUACGAGAGCACGCUCGAGGCUGUCAUGGGCAAGUUCCGUGCGCAUGCGUUCGCGACACAGCAACACCACCUCGAGCUGAUCCGGCACUACGAGUCCCUCCUGCUCAACAUGCCCGUCACGAUCCCUCCACCACCCGAAGCGCCUCAAGACCCUUCCAACCCCGAGACUGCCCCGAUCGACCCGCUCCACCUCCAACUCUCCCUCUCGCACCUCGCGUCCCUGAUCCGAAAAGCGCUGCGGGCGCUGCAGGGCGAGGAUCCGGAAGACUCGACGUCACCUUUGUUGCAGCCGAUGGGGAUCCGAGAGGCGGCUGCGGCGUUGUCGGGCGCGUUGUCGGGCGGGAUGAGCGAAGGCGGCGCGAUGAGCGAGGACGGCGAGCAUGGUCCGCCAUCGCCUACGUCCUCCAUCGGCUCCUUUUCUUCCAUCGCCAGCUCGGCAGCCGCGCCUCCUCCGUCCAACUACGGCUCCGAACCCGAUAUCGACCGCCUCCUCGCCUCUGCACACCCUUCGACCGCCCGCUCGCGCAAUCUCGAACACGAAGGCGGCUACAUCUCCCGCCGCGCCACAACGAAACCCCAUUACAUCCCUACGACUUCUACUUCCUCGCUCGUCGCUUCGCCGCCUAGACCUGGGCAGGCAACCGUCAUGCGGGACGAGUUCGAGUCGCGCGGACUGGGCCCGCUCGACGAGGCCUUGCAGCGGGACAUUGAGCUUGAAGCGCUACGGAAAGAGAACGACGAGUUGAAGAAGUUGUUGGGGAUCUCGAGUGCGGAGGUCGUCGCGGAGGAGGCCAAGGACGCUGCGAAGGAGGAGGAACGGAGGAGGGACAGGGAGAAGCGGGCGGAAGAGAUCAAGCGGCUGCUGUCGGAUCCGCCUCCUCCCCUUGGCGAAGAGGAGCAGGGACUGAAGAUCUAG